AUGGACCUAAUUCAGAAACAAUUACGACCGGACGCUGAGGAGUCGAUUGAAUGCUGGGACGACGACGACGACUUGCAAUUCAACGACGAAAUCCAAUUCCGCACUGCAUCGAGUGCAGGGUCUAUCACAAACUCCUCCUUUCGUCCCUCUGGUCACCGAGACUCGAUAUCUUCAAGACGCUCGGCCCGCUCCGAUAUAGAGUCCAACGCCGGUGAUGAGGACUGGCAGGUUCCGCUGUACGAGAAUGAUGAGUUCGCCAAGGAGGACGCUAUCGCGUCGGCCAACACCGCAGGAAUUCCCAUCCCACCGAAUAUCCCAAAGUCAGCUCUGAUUGGGGGCACAAUCAAGCGCCUGUCAAGUCGAAAAACCAGGAAAACCUUUGUGGACGACUGGUCAGAAGAUGUUGAACUUCCUGGCCCCGAGACCGUCUUGAAGUUGCAAACUUCUGGAACAGUGUUCCCGGAUUCGAUUGGACUGCCAAGUUCCACGGUGACCAGUCCGGUAAAAUCUACUGCUUCGCCCUUGUGGAGUCCCGAGGUCUCGACACGCCUCCAAUCUGCCCUGGGGUCAUUUGGAGACUUUGAAGGAGAGACUGAUGGUCUUGAUUUCCCGGACGUCCCGACGCUAAAAGCUGUAACUCCUCGAUCGCCCCAAAAGAUAAUUCUCGACCCAGUCCACCAAGAGACAGAUGAUGACUUCAACGAAGACUUUGAACUUCCUCCUAAUCACCAACCUCUGGAACUCUCUCACAGAAAAGAUACACACGGCGCUUCGACUCCCACCUUGGAAGAUUUCGACCUCGAGUGGUCUGAAGGAAGCAUUGGUGUACGAGUCGGGGGUACUGCUAGAGAUGGUCGGUCGCUUCCUAGUUCUUCCAUGUCUGUCGCCAGCCCCAGUGUUUCAAGCUGCCUGACGGCAGACAGUGGAGACGAUGGACUGGAUGGCAUUGUCAUUCCUGAAGGCCCUCUAGAUUUCAAUGCUUCUCUACAAAGACGGCAAACCGCGCAAGAUGAAAACACCGACGCGAAGGAGAGUAAGAAUCUUCAUGGUUACCCUGACGAUGAUUUCUUCUCUGGAAUUGAAGUCGACAAUGAGAAAGCAUUCUCAUUUGGAAAACCUGACUUGAAUCCCAACAUCAAGCACAAAACAGAGCAACCACCCAGUCCCACUCGUCGAUCAGCCACAUCCCUUACAUUCACUAGCACGACGGGCUCUCCACGAACUCGUAUCCCGCAAUUAACGACUCAUGAGCGCACGCAUUCGACUCAUCUUGAGACUGUGUCGGAAAGUGGUGCUCCUCUAUUCAAAUUUAGGACAUCGCAAUCGCGUCUUGGGCAUUCCUCGCAGUCCUCCACUUCAAGCCUUCCGGUAUCUAGUACCGGCACAAUCUCACCAACACCUUCCCUCUCUACUCGACGAAUUCUGGGGACACGAAACCCUAGAGACUCGCCCUUGGCCGGCGAGAUCAACACUGCGGCUAGACGUUUGAAACCCAAGCGCUCUCUGCCGUCAAUACGGGGCAUGGCUUCAAAUACCUCGGUGCAGACCUCUCAGCGACCAGCAGUUGAUCGCCCCAUUCGCCUGCCCACUGCCAGACCUAAGACGCCAGUUGAUCGUGUCAUUAACGAUGGACGAUCACUCGGUCGUAGAAAUCAAGCUCCGUUCAUGCCUGCCGGUGUUUCAGAGUCCCAGUCGCACCAUGCCAGUGUCAAGGGGUAUCGUUCCUCGCGGCGUACUAAUUCUGACAGCUCUGGCGGGCUUCUCAGUCCACCGAACACAUUUUCUCGGCUGACUCGGUCUACGCAAAACGAACCCCUUCGCAAUGGGCUUGGCGAGGCAGGUAAUUCUUCUUCUGGCCACUACGCAAAACGAACUAUCACACGACCUACCAAGAGACGCAAUUUUGGGGAUGGAUCCGAGUUGGAGUCCUUCGAUGACCUAUCUACAUCAGCUCUGACUGAAAACAAAUUCAUCAAAACCCCCACGGGACGAGGCGCCCCGAGAACUGUCCGUAACAAGCUCAGCCAGGGCCGGGUCGGCCCUAAUGAUGAAUUACCUCCUCAGCCAUCGAUAUCCCCAUCUACUUCCAGGUUGCGCAGCCCGACACCUAGAUUUGCCCAAGACACCAACGCGUCUCGAAAUGCUAGAGAACAACGCAUUGCCUCCCUGGCUCUCAGCUCCAAGGCCCGGGAAUUAAGCUCGAAAGCCCGAGAGACCAACUCCCUAUCAAGCCUCAAUUCCAACUGGAAACCGCAACCUAUUUCCAGAAUUCCACCCGCCUCUGCGCCCAUCCGAAGUCGGAAAAGUAAAUCCCAUUCUAAACCGGCGACUAAACCUCACCUGAUCAAGCCCAUGGGCUCUGGUGUCCACGAUGCGAAAUGUAAGUCAAACCUCCUACUCCCGGGGCGGACCUUCCAAGGUGCACUGCUCACAUUUUCCGUUCUCACUUCUCCAGCUGUUGGGGGUAUGCGUUACAACCCUCGUAAUUUCCGAUGGGAGGGAAACGAAAACCAGAUCCCCGAUUUCGAGAUCAGUGGACCCAAAUCCCCCAAACCAGCACCGGCUCUCAUUACCAACGUCGGGACGAUGCAAAACGUUCAAACGGUGGGUGGAAUGGUCUUCGAUCCGCAUCGAAUGUGCUGGCUCAAGGCUGCCAGCGUCGAGGCCGAUGAAGUUGAUGUUUUCGCGGGGCUUGAUGACCUGGAAGACCGAGUCACCAACAGCACCAUCCACGGGCGCAAGUCUGGGACAUUUGAGGAUCCUAGCCAAGUGACCGAGGAUGUCAGUGGUGGGGACUCCUCGGAUGAAGGACCUAUGACCGAGGAAUUUGACGUUGGGCCCGAGUUCAUCCGGCGACAACGGGCCGAAGAAGAAAAAUGGCGACGCAAAGUUGACGGGUGGGUUGGUUUUGAUCGCGACGAAGUGAAUUGGAGAUGGAUCAUCCGCGAUCUAGUGGGCUUUAGCCAUCCAUGA